AUGGCGUUAGCCGUUAGAUCUAAAUAGUAAUUCGCUUUUAAUCGGAAUUAGGUGCUGCAGAUUCUCGAACUCAUUGUUCUGGAUAUUUGCAUCACAUCAGAGAUAAUAUAGGAUAUGGCGUCCAGUUUCACUCAAUCAUCUGGAAAUUUAGUUGAGAUGAAAACAAAACAAACAGAGUGCCAUUAUAUGGAUAUAACAGUACCUGGAAAGAAUGUUUCUGAGGAAGUGACUCGUGAGUCGCUUAUCGCCAUCUCUUACUCGGAACCAGAAUCAGCUCUCUCUUCAAAACGACCAUCUGGAAAGCUCAAUAGCAAAAACCUCAAUCUGGUGGAAGGGAAAGAAUUUGAUGCAGAUGAGAAAUAUAGAUCUGAGCUGAUUUCAAUUUCCUUCCUCGAGUCGCCACCCGAAAUUGGAAGUGUACCCGUCGGCAAACUCAAAGGUUAGCACCUGGACGUUCGUUAUCGUAAUUGUAUACACUCUUAUGUAGAAAUGAUGCUAAUCUAAGUGUGUUGUUGCAACCAUGGAGCAAUGGUGUCCAUGUUCUUUGGUUCUGUAACUUAGACCCUCCCACUGGUUGUCUGUACUAUCUUUAUCUUUUGAAAACUUAUUGCCGUGUGAGCCCCAAUGAAUGAACUUAUGAACCCUCGCUACUUAGCUUUAUUA